GUGGGGGGCCAUGCCCACCAGGACACUACUGCGUGGUGGGCAGCAGCAGAGCUCAGCCUUGCCCUGCAGGGAGCUACAGCCCUUUCUGGGGCAUGGCACAGUGCUUCAAAUGCCCAGAAGGCUUUUACUGUAAGGCUGGUUCCUCUAAUUACACAGCCUGUCCCACAGGACAUUACUGUCCAAAGAAUACAGAGUUUGGCACGCAGUUCCCUUGUCCACGCGGAACCUACAGUGACGCCUUCAGCAUCUGGGAAGCCUCCAAGUGCCAGCUGUGCCCCCCUGGAAAGGUCUGCUCCAAGCCGGGCUUGACGAGUCCAGACGCACUGUGCACGCCUGGAUGGUUUUGCCCACCUGGAUCCACAUCAACCAAGCCAGUAUUCCCAGGAAGUUUCCCUGCAGGGGCAGGUGCUGCAGCUUCUGGAUCUCUCGGGCUGUGCCAAGCUGGAACGUUUUGUCCGGGGGGGUCAGCCAUCCCUAUUCCCUGCGCUCCAGGGUGGUACUGUGCCUCUCCAGAGCUGGCGGCUCCCUCUGGUCCCUGUGAUGCUGGCUUCUACUGCACAGGGGGCUCCACAUUGCCCAACCCCACGGAUGGAGCAGUGGGCAACAUUUGUCCUCGAGGCCACUUCUGUCCUCAGGGGAGUUCAUCUCCCUCUCCAUGUCCCCCAGGCUCUUUUUUGGCCCAACGUGGUGGCCAGUCCGCCCAAGAUUGCCAGCUCUGUUUGGCAGGCUGGUUCUGCUCUCUCCAAGGCCAGAGCUCACCAGAGGGAUUGUGUAAAGAAGGAUGGUUUUGCCCACCGGGGUCUGUGUCAGGCCGGAGUCCAGCUUCCUCCAAGCUGUAUGAGAGAUACAGAGUCCUCAAUGAACUUAUCAGGAUCACAGUGGUGCACCUGGGGAAGAAAAGGAGAGAGAAGGAUGGAUCCUUUGGUUAA